CUACACUUUAGGUACACUUAGGUAAUUACAUAGUGCUACUGGCCCUCAGAUAAAUUCAAGUAUAUUUACCAUGUACUUUACUAAAUUAAUGUCUGUACUCUUUUUUUUCAUCAGGCAGUGUGGUGCUUCUGCACAGUGGAAAUAUUUACAAGGCUCUGCUUCAAAUAUAUGAAGAAAAUGAGCCUUUUGUUAACAUCAAGGAUUUCUACCCCCGGGUGAAGAGGAUGUUUGCCGGGAUAACCAAGGCAUACACCGAAGAAUUUGCCAAGACCUACAAACUCUUUGAAACGACCACCGGAGAUAUAUCAGAGAUAGUCCCGGAGUAUCGGGAAGAUGUAGACUCCCUCACACCUUCACCUUCAAUAAUAAUUGAAGGGAAGGUGUGGGGUAGAGAAGAGAUCGAAGAUCUUAAAAAGGAAAAUCAAGAACAAAAAGUUGAGAUCGAAGAUCUCAUGAAAAAAUUAAAAGAAUAUGAGGAGACAGUGAAGGAACACAAACAACUGGAGCAUAGUCUGAAGGAAAGACUGAAGAAAUAUGAGGUAUGUAGUUAUUAAACAUAUAGUCUCUAGAGUGGAAUAUUGUUGCAAACAACCCUAUUUAAAGCUGGAGUAAUUGCUGACAUGAUUCAUCCUCCUGCUCCCUUGACUCCAUUGUCUUUGCUUGCUUUGCCUAUACCCCGUAACCCCAAUUUCACUGAUCCUGGUCUUACUUAGUCUACUGUGUUGUUCUUUGCCUUUGUUUCUCCCUUGUUAUCUCUGCUUCUGUUCUCUCUUUAUUUUUGUCUGUCUAUUCUUCAAUGAGAUAUUCGUGAUUUUUAUGUUAACUUUCAUAAACUCUAACCUUUAACCCUUAAGUUGCGCAACACAUCAUAUGAUGGGUUGAGUGACUUGCUGUAAAUUGCACAUCCCAUCAUAUGAUGUAUUGGAGUACUACGCAAGAUUUAAAACGGCC